CUGGCUUACAAAUGCUUUUGUGUCUGAAUUUAAGCAAAUGCAGUUUGAAAAAAUACUCAAAAAGGUUUAUAAACAUGGCUUUAAAGUAGAGAAAUACACUACACAACGCGCCUGGAUUAAAUCAGCAUUUUUAUUCAUUGAGUGUUAUAUUGUUCCCUGCCUUGCAGCGACAAAUGACGCAGCUGAAAAUAUUACGCUAUCGUUGCUACAAACUCUUCUGCAGAAGAGAAAUGAACUAACAGGUUCUGCAACUCAGAACCCUGAGACUUUUGAAAAUACUUUGGAAUUGUUAAGCCAGCUACCAACUAAAAAGAAAUUUCUUCCUGUGAAAAAUUUAAUCAAAAAGAAUGAGCAGUCUUGUCAUGGUUGUAUUACACUGAAAGACUAUGGUUCAAAAGAAGACAGUACUUGUGUUCAUACAGACUGGAAAAUAUCCCCAUGUUUGCUAAUUGGUUAUAUAUAUAUAGAUGAUUGUGAUAAAUUGUCCUUCCGAGACCACAGCAGUAAUGUGGAAUGCCAUGUCAUCGGUGACCAAGUUAAAUACAUUAACACUGUGUGUCUGUUGGCUGAAUGGAACUAUCUACCACAAGGAUUGUUGGAGAUAACAACAGCUCCUUCCAUAUUGAUUGAUCUUAAGCCUGAAGUUAAUGUAGUUUCCACAUUACCUGCUAAAAGAAGAUGUUUGCGCAACUCUGUUGAUCAAACUGGAUUAAUUACAAUAUCAGGCAGAGUGUUCCGUGUCCUCUGGGAUGAAGGAUCAUUUAUCAUUCUCAUCCUCCCGGAUCAAUGCAAGUCACUGGAGGACUCCAAUGGAGAAAAAUGCACCAGCUAUCCCAGUGGUUUGGUGUCAGUAGUCUGUUCACUGAAGAAAUGGUGGGCAGAGUUCAUUCACCCUGGGAUAGAGAUAUCUAUGAGUGGUUUAGACAAAAAUUCAAAGUUUUCAAGCAGGCAUGACUACACAACAAGAAGGGACACAGUGAUGUCUGUAUCUUCAGAUGUUGAUGAAUUACUUCAACGAAACACUGAUACUUUUACCAUAAUAUCAACCAACUUUUCCAUGCCCACAUACUGUCCAGUAUACACUGGUACAUUGACCAACACCCAGUGGCCUGACAUACUUAUACUAGACAACAUGAAAGCAGUUGUGUUUCGCAACCAGCAUAAACAACUACAGAUUCGUGGCUUAAGAGUUGGAUCUGUUAUUUCAAUAAAAUGCUGUCAUAAGUAUACAAUUACAAACCAGCUAUAUAUUCUCUGCUGUACAAGAUCUACUAUCCAGGUACUUAAGCACUCUAGCAUAUCAGGUACACUACUGGUCCCUGCAUAUAAAGAUGAAAAUCAUAUAUUUGAAUCUUUGCACCCUUGUGGGGUAAUUGAAAUCUGUAAUUUUGUCAACCAGAUGAAAAAUGCAAGUGCAGAGCAUGGAACCCCAAUAUGUCCGCAACGCUUAUCCUCGUUUCUGGCGCAUUGCAGUUUAUCACUUGGUGGCAGUAGGGAGGCCAUACCGCCAGAAGCUUGUACUGUCAUGUCGUCUUUUUCUUUAAAUCGAAGUUCUAGAUGUUUUCUAACACUCCAGGAAGUACAUGAUAACGCUCUUGAAAUUGCAAAGCAGAAUAUUCAUAACAGAAGUGACAACGAGCAACCAGAUUACUGGUACACCACUAUACACUGCAGAGACCUAAUCCCACCCGAAAAAUAUACUUCCACAUGUGAUCUUGUUGUUGUUGUAAAACUUGACUCUGAUGAUUCAGGAUCGUGUGUAUUAAGUGACCAUACAUCAUCUAUGCCGUGUAUUGUAACUUGUGGACACCAGAAAAAUAUGCAGCAGUGUCAUGAGCCACAAUACCCAUGCACCCAAGACAUUGGGGUUUGGCUGAAGCUGAAAAACUUUACUGUGGUGGUGGAGCAAAUAUGGUGUGUGAAAGAGGAUGGAAGAGCUCGGAAUCCUGAAUGUAGUGUUGAUAGUGAAGGAAUUCCUCUUGAAAAAACUUUGCAUAACAUUAUCUACAUUGCAUUAAAUCAUCACGAUGCUGUCAAUGUGUCAAUGCCUCCACAGAACACCACAAUAAUAGGAUGCAGCUUGUCUUCAGUAUAUCCUACGACACAUAAGGAGAGUAUUUUAACACCUGAUAGUAUUUCAUGUGCCCAACCUACUACAUCACAAACUAUAAAUAAUGGAUCGAAAACACCAAUACAAACUGUCCCAACAUUGGUCAUGUUUGUUUUACACAAAAGCCAAUUACUAAAGUCACCCAAGAACUACAACAGUUUCACAUUCACUGGUUUUAUAUUUCCCAAGUCAUCUGCUAACAAUGAACAAGUAAUGCAGUUCACACACGCUGCCUCUAGAUGGUUUUCAUUUAUUCUUCCCGGAAAAUUAGUCUGUGUGCAAUCAUGCACGAAAUCAGAAACCUUCAUUUCUGAUCAGAAAACGUCAAAAAUGAUUUCUUUGACUGAAUGUCAAGUACAACAUAUACAUUGUGCAUCAGACUUACCCACCAGUUUAAAUGACGAAGAGGUAUUUAGCUUCUACUGUAAAGCUCACAAAUUUUGGAGUGAAAGCAAUUAUAGCAAAGGUAUUGAGAAGAUACUUCCUGUUGUUGGAAUACGAAGAAUUCCCGAUGCAACGCAAUCACCACUUGUGGCAAUAGAGGGCUAUAUUUGGAAAAAGAUGUUAUUUCGAGAUUCUAUUUCGUGGGGAGCUCCAUUUAAUUUGAAAUUACUCCUUGCUUUGCCUGUGGGAAAAACUUUAAGUUUAUUCAUGAACUUUGUCAAAGUUGAAAACUUCCCGCUUGGUUUAUUACGAGGGUCAAAGGUCGUAUUCUAUCGUGUACGGUUACAUUUAUCGCAAAAGGGAACAGUAUACUUCAAGUACACCUCUACUUCAUAUCAUGUAGUAACGGCUGUUUGUAAGCCUGAACCUGUUCGAAAUUUUGACCAAGAAAAAAGUGACCACCCUAGAAAAGUGUCAAAGCGUUCUAUAAAAGCUAGAAUACCAAGGAUAAACUAUGAUACAAUUGGCCCACGUACUCUCUUAUACAAUGUAUGUUCAGAGUUCCUUAAAGAGAAACAAUAUGUUCCCCAUCUUUUAAAAGUCUCGUUAUUAAGAAUACUAAAAGUUGAAAUCUUACUCAAGUGUGAAUCCUGCAACACUAACUUUUCAAAACCAUGCGCUUGUAAUGGUUCAAAAAGAAAACUACAUGAGAAGCCAAGAGUUGAAUUAUAUUUGAAAUGUAUUGUAACUGAUGGGACGGCUAGGGCAAUAUUUCAUUUCACGAAUAACCAGCCUUCGGAAUUCUGCAAAUUCCUACAGUUUGAGUUAUGUGAAUUUAAUGACAUUAUAUCACUGUUAAGAAGCACUACAACAUCUUCAUUCAAAUUUGAUUUUGAUAUAUUUGAUGGAGCAAAGUCACUCGCUCCCUCAUCUUGUAAGCAAGAUGAUGCAGUAAAAAGUUUUCUAGUUUCAUUGUUUGAAACUAUGAACACAGAAAUAAAAGAUUCUGUUGUUGUAGUUGCCACACCACGCGUGGUGCAUGAACAAAAACCACGAAAAACUAAAGCUGUCGUUCCGGCGGAUAGCGCAUAUGAAGUUGGUACAGUACCAUUAGAUGACCGUGGAGAUUGCUCCGUUCGUGCUCUCCGUAUCAAAAUGAUCCAUUUUAACUGCGAUUUGGUCAAAUAGUAUGAACCAAAGGUUCAUCAUUGCACUGUCAGUGUUUUUAUAUAGUUGAAUUUGCUGCUUUUUUGGUUGUACUUUUUUCUUUAAUUAGUAUUGGAAAAUGCCAAUUUUCUUGAUGUGUGCAAUUAUUUGCCAUGCACCAAACUGCCCAAUGUAUAUUUUUAUACUUCUACUUUUGUAAAAUACAAGCAAAAAAACGAUUUAGUGUGAUUAUGCUAUAUCU